GGUGACUUGUCCAUCAUCACUCUCUCCAGACCUCAGAGAAGUGAGAUCCAACAACUGUCAUUAUGAAAUUCCUUCUGCUCGCUGUUGGAUUGGCCCUCAUUGGUGCCAUCCAGGCUACUGAAAACAUCCGCUCCAAGAAAGAUUUAGUGGUUGAAAAGCUUGUAGGGCCAUGGUAUCUCAGACAAGAAGUAAAGGCCAUGGAAUUUUCAGUCCCCUUGUUGGAUAUGGACAUUAAGGAAGUGAACCCCACUCCUGAACGCGAUCUGGAAUUGGUUGUGUUAGAGAAGACUGACAGGUGUGUUGAGAAGAAGUUUCUUCUAAAGAAAACUGAGGAACCUACCGAGUUUGAGAUCAGCAUUCCUUCAGAACCUGCCUCAUACACAUUCUCUGUGAUGGAAACUGAUUAUGACAACUACAUCCUCUUUUGCUUGGAGAACAUCAAUUCCCGGGAGAGAAUGGCAUGUGCUCACUAUGUCAGAAGAAUAGAGGACAGCAGAGGCAUGGAAGAAUUCAAGAAAAUUCUCAGGACUUUGACUAUGCCUUAUACAGCGAUUGAAUUCCGUACAAGAGACACAUGCCGUGUUUAGGGAAAGCAGAGGAAGCUAUCCCCCUCCAAGAUCACCUCUCAGAAUGGUAGAAUCUAUGGCAGUUUCCAUUCUGAAAUCACUAAUAUACUGAAAAUCAAGGAUACCAUUUGAUUCUUUCACUUUCUUCUUUUUAUUCAAGGAAGUGAUGUCUACCAUGUUUCUGUCUUGAGGAUCUUAUGCUUUCUUUCUGAGAGGUUUCUCUUUUUGUAUUAAAUAAACUUGUUCAGCAAUUAC